AUGGAACUCCGCGGGAAUCCAAACAGGAGGGACGAGAGUUCUUCGAUUUGCAUACGAUUAAUUCCCCAGGGUUCUAAGAUUACAACUCACGAGGAUUCUGAGAGAAAAAAAAAUAUCAAAAAAAAAACGCGAGCUACUAAUAAUACAAAUACGAUGAUUAUGAUGAUGAUACAGGACGCAACAGACGUGGAAUUCAAGAUCAGAGAGAGAGAGAGAGAGAGAGAGAGAGAGAGAGAGGAUCUCAAAGAGCUCUGUUGUGGGAUGGUGAUGGAGGAAGAUGGAGAUGAGAGGGAGUGGGGGGGGGAACCUGGGGAGAUAUGAUCAACGGGGUUCCUGGUCUUCCCUCGCGUAGACAAGCGGGAACUCGUCGAACUGGUCGAAGGCGUCGCGGGAGGAGCGCCCAAUGGCCUUGAGCGACUGGUAGACCUUGUACAUGGGGGCCCUCUCCUUGGGCCUGGCCGCCACACAGCCGCAGGCGACCUUCAACAGCUGCAAGAUCUCUUCUUCAUGUCCCCCACCUCGGAGAGGUCCGUCAAUGGCGUCGGCGAGCCGGCCGGCGGCUGAGAGCAUAUUAACCCAGUCGACCAGGCCCCCCUUGAAGGAGCCCUCCUCAGCAUAGUCAACGGGCACCACCACCUCGAUGGGGCGCUGCCCUGUGGCGAGCUCCAGUAGGACGACCCCGAAGCUGUAGACGUCCCCUUUCAUGGAGGGCACCAUGGUGCUGUGAUACUCCGGAGCGACGUACCCGAAGUCCCCGAAGUCGCCGUUGACGAGGGAGCUGGUGGCGCCACCGCCGUCGCCGGCGCCGGAGCUCCCCCCAAGCUGGGCGAGCCCGAAGUCCGUGAUGCGGGGUUCCAUGUCGUCGUCGAGGAGGACGGCGGCGGAGCUGAAGCUCUGGUGGAGGAGCGGCGGCUGGAUGCCGUGGUGGAGCCAGGCGAGCCCUCUUGCGGCGCCGACGGCGAUCCUCACUCUGCAAGCCCAGUCGAGGGCGGCGGCGGCCGCCGAAGAAGGAUGGGAAUGGAGGGCGGAGGAGAGGGAACCGCCGGGCAUGUGCUUGUAGACGAGCAGGCGCUCGUCGAGGACGGCGCAGAAGCCGAGGAGGGGGACGAGGUUGGGAUGGCGGAGCUGCCCCAGACGGGAGACCUCGAGGCGGAAAUGCUUCUCCGGGAGGCGGCAGAAGGGGAGGCGCUUCACGGCGAGGGCGGAGCCGUCAGAGAGGACGGCCCGGUAGGUGGCGCCGCCCCGGCCGGUGGAGAAGGAGAUGA